AUGGAGGAGACGUCGCCCGCGAGAGUUGAAACCAGCACAGCCGAAAAACAGUGGAAAUGCAGCGAGUGCGCAUCAAUCUUCCGGCGACAGGAUCAUCUCAAGCGCCAUACAUUGACACCUUACAGGGACGUGCUACGCCGACACUGGAAAUCAUGCAAGGCCCGCGUCGAAGCCGGCCACGCAAUGCCCGCGCCCUUCCGAAGCGGAAAGCAGAAACGGGCCUGUGACAGCUGUGCAGGCCUGCGCAAGGCCUGCAAUGGCGAGCAGCCAUGCUCGGAGUGCGGCCAUCGUCACCGGAGAUGUACCUACCAGCGUCUUGGAGAAGAGGACGAUCCUGCGGGCUCUGGGUCUCGGAUCUUAUCGAAUUUGGAGCGCCAGGAUCGAGCUUCGCAGAUGGAUGUCGUCUCUGGAUCCAGUGCUAGUGAGCAGCCCUGGAGUCUGGGGCUUCAGACUUUUUAUCCGUCCCGAGAGGCAUCGAUGCGGAUUAAGGAUCGAUAUAACUAUGCGACUUGA